AUGGCUCAAACUGCCGUACAACUCAAUCAGUUGAAUGCAGCUCGCAACCUCGUCCUCGGUGACGCUGCUCUCUACCCGCAGAUCGUCAAUGGAAUUCUGCCUAUCGUCGGAGCUAAUUCGAGGGUCGAACUGCGAAGAUGGGGGGCGGAAUUUAUGGCUGAGACCUUCUCUAGUCCGGUUCUGUCCGUAUCUUUGAAGGAACAACUUGCGCCAAAUGUGCUCCAGACCAUUCAAGACACUCUUGCUCUUCCUGAGACAGAUAUUGCCGUACUACAAGCCUUAGUUCAAACCGCGGCCAGCUUGUACCCCUUGGUGUUUCGACAUAUCGUGAACCACCCCGGCGAUAAUAAAUCAUGGGAGACAAUGACAAUGAUCAAAGAAGACAUCUUGCGAAAGAUGGACUCUUUCCUUAUCUGCUGCGUCAAGUUCCUGCAGCGCGUGGUUCAAGUUCAGACGCCCGGGCUGAUAUCAGACCCACGACGACCUGAGCAAAAUGAGACAUCACUCGCCAUUGUUCCUCGAACUCAUCCCGUUCUCAAAAUCUCCUAUCUCGAGGCUGAGGCAUCGGGCUUGCUUGAUCGACUCCUCGGCGUGUUCCAAGAAGAGUUAUGUGAUGUGCUAAUCGUCAAUGCAACACUGAAUUGUCUCUCGCCACUCAUCCGUACUCGCCAGUCUAUCGCCAACAAGAUCAUCAACACUGUGCUAGAGUUCUUCCCAACUAGACAUGUCCGACCCCCAUUCACGCCAACCGUCCGAGUCAAUGUCAAAUCUAUGGAGCGAACCGCUAGAGCCCUACUCGUCAACAUCAUCAAGAAGAACCAGAACCACCCUUACGUGGGUAAGAUGCAAAUUUACAUUGAGCGUCUCAUGCAAGCUAGGCUAGAGGAAGUAGAAGACGCCUCUCGGAAACGUGCAUUUCCCAUUGAACCAACAGAUGGUUUGGAUACCGCAAAGCGGGCUCGUUUAGAUGCACUUGCCCCUCCACUGAUGAAGAUUCCCCCAAUGGCCCCGGGGCCUCCGAGCUACGAGAAGCUAUUUACAUUGACUGAAGACGCCGCACUGUCCUCAUUUGAUGUUACGCAGCUUCCCAUCGACCUCGUCGUGAAGAUUACUCUACCCCUACUUCAACGCGUUAACCCAUCCAUGCUUACACAGGCUAUUGAUGCUGUCCGGAAUCGAUACGAGUCCAUAACAAAAGAACAGAAUUUGCAGCGUCAACAACAGCAGAUUGCGACCUCACCUGACGACGACGAAGACGACGAUUAUGAGCCAGAUUAUGAGCCCAUGGAUGUAGCCGAAGGCGCCGUGGAUGAGAGAACUCCUGCAGCCCAUGAAGUAGCAGAUCUACAGCCGGACUUGGUAUCACUGGGCCCAUUCGUUCUGCCUCAGCCACCCCCUCUCAGCGAGGAAGAAGCCGCCGAUGUGGGCCGCAGCGCCGUUGCGCGCGUUUUCAGCAUGAUCACCUUGAACGAGACCGCUCCCGCGACAAACAAAGGAAAAACCCAACAGCUCGGUUUCUCCCGGCUGGCUGGAAGCACUUUUGAUCGGGAUGCUUGGGCCGUGCUCCUCACGCGCCUUGCCACUCGCGCCCCAGCUGGCCUGGAACCAAGUGGCAAGGGAGAGUCCGCAGUUGCCUCUCGCAGACAAACGACGAUUUCGGAUUCUAUUCGCGAGACGUUGUAUCGGCACGUUCUGGAGGACUUCCGUGGCCGACUUAAUAUCGGUAUUGGAUGGCUCAACGAGGAAUGGUACAAUGAUAGAGUACAGAUGAAGGCUGCAGCCGCUCGACGUGAUGAAAGCGGCGAAGAGGAAGAGCCUGUCGUCCCGCUUCACUAUGAUCGCUGGGCGACACGACUCUUAGAUGGAAUUUUGCCAUACUUGGACUCGCGCGAUAUCAAGGUCACGGUGCGCUUCCUCAGCGAGGUUCCUGAGAUCACAAUUCCUAUCACCCAGCGCAUUGCCAGUCUCGCAAAGGACCCUGAACGUGUGAAUCUUUGCGUCCAAGCCCUUAUGUACUUGAUCAUGUUCCGACCUCCGGCUCGUGAGCUGUGUCUCGACACACUCGAGCAUGUCUAUCACACUUACGAGGAAUCUCGGCCCGCAGCUGGGAAAGUUCUGGCAAAGUGGCGACCACAGGCUAUUCAAGCUACUGAUGAACCUUCCAAUGGUUCAUCGGCACAGCCAGCGGACACACAGACCGCUGUCAGCCAGGAGCCAUCGACAUAA